UAGAGCCAACCCAGGGAAUCGCAGUCGCGGUUUGAAGGUACAUGCGUACAAGCUGCUCAUUCAAGCAACCAUCGCCCACAGCUUAAAUGAGCUUCGUUUAGUGCCAUCACUUCAGUUCAGCCGUCGACUGCUCCUCUCUGCCGCGCUCCCCCACCGUAUAUGUCUCAGUGGGCUACCCUGACAUAUCGAACAAGAGAUGUUGCAUUGGGAUGUAUACAACACCGCUCCUCUCUAGAUGGGAUUAAAAACAACGGCGUUUUGCGCGUUUCUGAAGGCACUUGUUUGUCGGGAAGGACAUGAAGAGUGGCUGUUGUUCUGCGUAAACUAUGGGAUUAAGGCAAUCGAAGAAAAGUUGGAUGUUGUAAAGAUCGUAUCUCCGUGCUGGAUGAUCCAUAACAUGGAGAGGUAGAUCUCGACAUAGGCUAUCUCAGGAAGGUGAACAUACUGACUAACACACCGGGAAAGGAAAUGUACAGGGCCUGGAUUUUCCUUAUUCUUAUAGAAGAGGGAUUUGGACUGGCGCAAAGAUCUCAAGAGACACACCACAACGAUGGUGACCCGCCCCCCAACACAGAGCAGUGCGGGUUGUGGACACGCAAUAUCAACGGAGGCCUCUUCACCUCUCCGAACUACCCUGAGACAUACCCGCCGAACAAGGAAUGCGUCUACAUUCUGGAGGCGCUCCCUCGCCAGAGAAUCCAGCUGACCUUCGAUAAGACCUACUACAUCGAGCCAUCGUUUGAAUGCCGCUUCGACCAUAUAGAGGUGCGGGACGGCCCCUUUGGCUUCUCCCCACUCAUCGACCGCUUCUGCGGCCCCAAGAGCCCAGGCGUAGUCACCUCUACUGGACGUUUCAUGUGGAUCAAGUUCACCAGUGACGAGGAACUCGAAGGCCUAGGGUUCCGCGUCCAAUACACCUUCAUCGCAGACCCAGAUUUCCAUUUGCACGUGGGCGGACUGCUGAAUCCCAUUCCAGAUUGCCAGUUUGAGGUCGGAGGCUCUGACGGGGUGGUGCGUUCCAGCCAGGUGGAUGAGGAUAAAAUUAAAACGGACGAGGAUCUGGAUUGCAUCUGGACCAUCCGCGCCGCACCCCAGUCGAAGAUUUAUCUACGGUUCCUGGAGUACCAGAUGGAGCACUCCAACGAGUGCAAGAAGAACUUUGUGGCGGUGUACGACGGCAGCAGCGCCAUUGAAAACCUCAAGGCAAAGUUCUGCAGCACGGUGGCCAACGACGUGAUGCUGGGCACGGGCGUGGGCGUGGUGCGCAUGUGGGCUGACCGCAACAGCCGCCUCAGCCGCUUCCGCAUGCUCUUCACCUCCUUCGUCGACCCCCCCUGCUCUGGAAACACCUUCUUCUGCCACAGCAACAUGUGCAUCAACAACUCCUUGGUGUGCAACGGCGUCCAGAACUGUGUGUAUCCCUGGGACGAGAACCACUGCAAGGAGAGGAAGUCCAAUGGCCUGUUCCAUCAGAUCACUAAGACGCACGGCACGGUGAUCGGCAUCUCCACGGGCGUGGUGCUGGUGCUGCUCAUCAUCUCCAUUCUGGUGCAGAUGAAGCAGCCGCGCAAAAAGGUGGUGGCACGUCGGCCGGUCGUCUUUAACAAGGCCGGCUUCCAGGAGGUCUUCGACCCGCCGCACUACGAGCUCUUCUCCCUGCGCGACAAGGAGCUCUCGUCCGAGCUGGCCGAGCUGUCGGACGAGCUGGAGAGCUACCACAAGCUGCGGCGCUCGUCCACCGUCUCGCGCUGCGUGCACGAGCACCACUGCGGCGCCCAGCACGGCCAGCACGCAGCUGCCGCCGCCGCUGCGGCCGCCACCGGCGUGGUGUCCGCCGCGUCCGCCGCCUCGUCGUCGGCCGGCGGGAGCAUGAAGCAGAGCCGCACCACGCUCAGCUCCAUGGAGCUCUCCUACCACAAUGACUUCUCCAAGCCGCCGCCGCCCAUGAAGACCUUCAACAGCUGCUCCAGCACCGGCAGCAUGGGCACCUACAAGAAGAGCUGCUACGGCUACGCCAAACAGACUCACGACUGCGCCGCCGCCGCCGCCGUGGCCGAGCAGGUGAUCGAGGACCGCGUGAUGGAGGAGAUCCCGUGCGAGAUCUACGUGCGCGGCGGAAGCGUGGCGGGGACCGCCGGCAGCAUCGGCAGCGGCUGCGGCACGCUCAGCAUCCGUAACCAUGGCAGCGUGAGGAACAGCACCAGCGUGGUGGACCCCGGCACACGCUCCAUGUCCAUGGACUUUUAAACUAAAAGAGAGAGAGAGAGACAGAGAGAGAGAAAAAAAAAAAAAGAGAGAGUGUGUGUGUGGUAGGAUAAAGAAAGAUUUUCACGGAUUGAUACAAAAGAGGGACCAAGGCUAAAAAGGUAGAUGAAGGUAAUGAGAGAUGGAGAGCUAGAAAGGGAUGGUGGGAAGAUGGAGAGAGAGAAAAUGAUAGACAUUUACAGUAUGAGAUGAUGGAGGAAAGAGAGAAUGAAAAGAGAGGGGGUUAGCCAUUGAAGGGAAAAAAAACACGGUAGCUAUAAACAUAGAGAGACCUCACUUGGACUCUCAUUCACUCCCAUUGUUCACCUGUUGUGUGCCAUCAGUCAGGUGGAACUGCCUGCUGAGGGACUCAUCUCAGGUAUCAGCUCACUCCAGAACAGACCAGGCCCGGAUUUGACCCGGAUGUGUGCCGGGUCUGAUCCGGACCUCCAGUUUGCUGCCACCUGAAAGCUCUUUUUUGGUGCUUAAAAGUCCUGGACCUCACAUAGACAACAGACUGGACCAGGAAAGGAAAGACAUGGCCAUAUUCAAUAAUUUUCUGCUUCUUUUACUGUCACUUAAAAGGGAUUUAUUUCCUCAGCUGUGUAUAUACAAAAAAAAGAGGAGUGAUUGGCAUCUUGUUGUUGCUUGGCUAUUUGUUUUCUUUUGCGCUCGGUGAAGAAACCGGACAAGCCUCAAUGAAGAUGAUAAAGAUGACAUAGGCUGUUGUCAUGGCUACCGAAACACCCUCUUUUCUCACUAAACACUUUCCCUGCACACAUACACACAAUCACAGGAACAACACACACAAUCACAGGAACAAUUCACACACACACACACACACACACACACAAACUCACACGUGUACACACACACAUACACAUACACACACACAACAAACUGGAAAAAAGGUUAGCGAAUGAAAAGAUGCCCACUGUUUGUCGCCCAUCUCACAAGGAGAAACUCCACUGGACCAUGUGUGUUUUUCUCACUGACAGUCUGCUUUAUUUUCAUCUCAUUUUGUUGCUAAUCCGUGGAGCCUCGCCAGCAAAGUCUACCUGCCCAUAUGUUGGCGCCCAGAGUCAACACAACGGCACAACGGGAGGUGACAAACACACAGGGACACUGCGAUGCUUUGCACUCCAUACGACUGCUCAAAUGUCUAGAUUUGGAUAGUCACCCGCACUCACACCGCAUGGGAAUUGCAAAUGAGGCUUGUUGCAAAUGGAUUUUUUUUGUAAGACGUGUAGAAGAAAGGUAUUAUUACGAUGAUCUUUUGAUGGUAUAUGUAAAAUACAAACAAAGAAGUGGAGUAUAUUUUCUAAUCCAUGUGCAUUGUAUAUCAAAAUAUAUUGCAUUUCCAUUUCUGUCAUAAUAUGGAUAAAUUGUUAAAAUGUAUUAAUGUAAGAAAUGUCUGAUUCUAUGUUUUAAUAAAGGUACAUCGCAUUAA